AUGCCGAGAGCCCGGGGUCAUCGGCGUGCUCAGGCCGUGAGACGCAGGCUGGCGCAGCCCCAGGACUGGAGUCCUGCACCUGCUGUUCCGGAGUUUGUGGCCCGGCGUGGCACAGGCUUUCGGCACCGUGUGCGGAGAUGGCCAACUUCUGUCCUGACCGGGAAGUCCCGCAAGUUGGUCACUCCUGCCCGGGAUCCGGAGAAGAAGAUGGUGUUCGUCGUUGGAGACUCGCACCUGAGGGCCAUGGUGGACGGGUAUGUAGCUGUGCCCGAGGGACCUCUGUGCUUCUCCUAUCUGUGUGUUCCAGGUGCAGUGGGCUCCCAGCUGAGGACGGAGCUCCUGCAUGCUGACCUGCCCUGGACCCCAGAUGCUGUGUGUGUGUGCGCCCCCAGCAACGACCUUGUGUCCCGGACUGUGGACAGUGCAGGUCUCGACUUCAGUGCUCUCUUGACCACGGCCUGCAGCUUCUGGCCCAAGGUGUUCGUGCUGGACUUCCCUCCACGCCUGAACAUUGAGCCUGGCCUUCAGGAGCUGCUGCGUCAGGAAUACCAUCGUGUCGCAGCACGUAUGGGUGUCCCGUACGUGUCUGUGGCAGAGCACUUUCCCCUGCACCGGUUGGAGCUGUGGUGCCCUGACCAGGUGCACUUGAGUGACUCGCAUGGGAUGGAGGUUUUGGUCCAGCUGCUGUGGGAGGCUGCUUUCCAGCAGCUGGUGCCUCCUCCAUCCCAGGCACCGGUGCGUCCCCCUGCGCCAAAGCGUGCCAGGGUUGCUCCCAGGCUGGUGGUGACGGGACACGUCCCCGUGCCCCGUCACAGGAACCCCUGGGAGUGGAGUGUGGUUGGACAGGGGGGCAAGGCUGCACGCCCGGCGGAGGGAUCCUCUGCGAUCCCUCCCAACCCGGUGUGGUUCCGGGGGCCCAUGUUGGAUGCCAUGGAGAAGGUGUCCCCUUCUUCUGGCUCUGACGGCGGCCCCGCUGUCCCGCCAGCUGGCCAGACCUCCCGUGUGGUGCGUCGGCCAGCAGGUGUUGGCAGGAGGCCCAGAGGGGGAAAGCAGAAGGUGUUGGCAACUCCUUCACCUGCUUGUGAGCCCAUGUCUGCUUCUUGCCCCAGCCCACCAGUCCCCCAGGUGGAAGCACCAACCCAGGAGGUGGUGGAGGAGGUGUUGCCCCCGACUGCAGGCCCGGUUCCAGCGGCGGUCGGGGAGGAGGUUCCUGCAGUGUGCCCUGCUGUGCCGACGGAGCGACGCUUCAUCCCUGAAGCUAAGUGUGCCGUUUAUGAGAGUUCCGGGUCAGGCCAGUCAGGUGUUGGUGUGAGCACAGCGAGGCCAGCAGCAGUGGUUGAUGUCAGGACUGGGAUCAGGCUUCUGAAGGCUUCCAGCACUGUCUGA